GAGAGGCUGGGCUGCCACUGACUGAUACACACAAAGGGCUCAAGGCUGUGCAGACGUGUCCCUCCAGCCAGGAUCCCAGCCAGGUUUGAAGUCCUAUUACAUCUUUCCAAAAAGUGUAAGGAAUACCUUGCAAGAUGCCUCUUGGAGAUGAUGGGCCAAGCUGGAAGAAGAGGGCUGAAGACAUAAGAGAUACUUAUAAUUUUCGUGAUGUGUUGGGAACGGGGGCAUUUUCAGAGGUGGUUCUUGCGGAGGAGAAAGCUACACAGAAGUUGGUAGCAAUAAAGUGCAUUCCCAAGAAGGCAUUGGAAGGGAAGGAAACCAGCAUUGAGAACGAGAUUGCUGUAUUGAGGAAGAUAAAACAUGCAAACAUUGUAUCCUUGGAGGAUAUUUAUGAGAACCGGAGUCAUCUAUACCUUAUCAUGCAACUAGUUUCAGGGGGUGAGCUUUUCGACAGGAUUGUAGAAAAAGGUUUCUACACGGAAAAAGAUGCCAGUCAGCUCAUCAAGCAGAUCCUGGAUGCUGUGAAAUAUCUUCACGACAUGGGCAUUGUACACAGAGAUUUAAAGCCGGAGAACUUACUUUAUUAUAGUCUGGAUGAAGAUUCUAAAAUCAUGAUCAGUGAUUUUGGACUGUCGAAAAUUGAAGGCUCAGGAAGUGUUAUGUCAACGGCCUGUGGAACACCUGGUUAUGUUGCUCCAGAAGUUUUGGCUCAAAAACCUUACAGUAAAGCGGUGGAUUGUUGGUCUAUCGGAGUAAUCGCCUACAUCUUGCUGUGUGGUUACCCCCCCUUCUACGAUGAAAAUGAUGCCAAACUCUUUGAACAGAUCUUGAAAGCAGAGUAUGAGUUUGACUCUCCCUACUGGGAUGAUAUUUCUGAUUCAGCAAAAGAUUUCAUCCAACAUUUGAUGGAAAAAGACCCUAACAAACGCUACACGUGUGACCAAGCCCUACAGCACCCAUGGAUUGCUGGGGACACGGCACUCGAUAAGAAUAUUCACGAAUCAGUCAGUGAGCAGAUCAGAAAGAAUUUUGCCAAAAGCCGAUGGAAACAAGCUUUCAAUGCCACUGCCGUGGUGCGGCACAUGCGGAAACUACAGCUAGGUAGUAGCCAAGAAGGACCCGGACAGACCACUCCUACCAGUCCGUGUCAUGGGAAUCUUUUGGUGCCAGGAGACCACCAUGGAUCCCUUUCCGAGAGUUGUCAGGACUGCUGUACCCAGAAAUCAACAGAAAACAACUCGCUGAGCUUCAGUACUCACCACUGCCCUCAGUCUAACCGGGUCUAAGGCCGGACGAUGUGUAUCUGGGGGUUUUGGCAUUACUGGAAGAGCCAGCUGCAGCCCUGGGUUCGUGGCCUUUGAGGGGCAGACCUUCAAGCAAGGAUCGGCCAUAUCAGACCUGGGGGGUGGGUGGGGGUGAGGGGAGAAAAGGGAAGAAAAAGAUAGAGAAGCAGGCCUGUGUUUAUUUUGUUAGUGUAUAUUAUAUAAACAAACUCCAAUAUAUAAUAUGAAAAUUCAGGCCUGACUGGGAUAAAAGGAGCAUUUGGAAAUGUAAAAGGCCUUUCGUUCUUGUUCCUUUGUAACAUUUUGCCUGCUCAUUGUAUGAUCUGUAGGGGUGGGAGUGUUUAAUUUUUCUGUAUUAAGGUGAAGAUGUAAGGCUCCGGCUGCUCUCUCUAUAUUUUUGUUGGCGUCUAGCCUGCAGUCUGUACGGGGAAUAUUCCUGGUGCUUGUUAGGAGGGGAGUAGCUGCUGCUCCCUAGCAAAUCAUUCCCAGCUGGCCAGUAGACUCCACAGCAUUUCUGUAGCAGUGGAGAGGUAUGGCAAUCAGUACGCAAGCACCAGAGUGUUGUAAUAUAUGUAAUUUUUCUUUUCUUUUUCUUUUCUUUGUUUGUUAUUAAGAAUUUCUGACAGCAGCCUGUGUUUAAAGGGCUCUGCUAAAUGCUAUGGAGGGGCUGUUCAAGCAGGGUGAAGGUUUUCUUGUUCUAGCCCUCAGGAUUAACCAACUCUUGAAAAUGGUGCAGAUUUUGUGAUGCACUGUGGGAGUCCAUCCUUGACUAAAGGUGGUUCAUUCCAAGCCAAGCGCUCCCCAGGCAUCUUGCAGUGCAUUCUGGGUAUUUUUUUACAGCUUUUGAGAAUUUUGUUUUAUUGGUGGGAAUGUAUAAUGGUCUCUUGGGAAAUCUGGUGUCCACUUUUUAUCUGGUAGGUCACGGGUAGCUAAUCUUUGGCUGGCUGAGGAUCAUGCAAACUGGAAUGCCAUAGGUUAACCACCACUGUACUUGAUUUAACCAGUUUUAACAAGUAAAUUGAAGAUGAAAAAAAUGCAAUGCUGCAAAUCCCUUUUUGCUGGAACUUGUAGGGAGAAACUACUUCCAAGUAUCCCAAAUGCCAUUGAAUAAAGAUCUAUUAAAAUAUUUUCUAUAUACACAUUGUACGUGCCCAGUCUGGGUUUAAUUAGAUAAUGAUGCUGACAGGUAAAUGAAUGCUUUUAAUCUCUGAGUAAGUAACGGUUAGCGACAGAAGGUACUAGGAAAUAUUCAUUCAUUCAACUCGCCAGAACCAAAACGUUAUACUAAAAUUGACAAAAACGAUUUACUGAGUAGAAGAUGUGGGUAAGAACGACAGCAAUUUUAACCAAUUUUUUUUUUUUUUUUUUUUUUUUAUAUAACAUUGAGGCUUGGUUGCUCCAUAGUAAUUUAGGAUAAAAGUCUAUUGUUCAUAAAGUCCCACUUUUCACAAAUCUCUGUUUCUGCUGUUGAUACAAAAGAAGGCAAAACAAAUUUGAAGCAAUUUCCAAUUUUUGCUACAAAAUGGGGGAAAUAAAAGUCCAAAAAGGAAAUUGAUAAAUCUCGGAAACUGUUGCCCCACAAAUUUACAACGUGUGUAUUUUUUUUUUUUGGUAACAAAAUAUUCUUCUGUUAAAUGUAUUUUUCGCCCAUUUUACUUUCUUGCAUGUGAUUUUGCAUGUUUGAAAUAUUUAAUAUGACUGCACAUUUGCCAUUAUAGACAGGAGAGGCUAUAAAAAGAAUAAAUACCAUGUAUCUAAAUAAACCAAAUAUUGUAAAUUAAAGUUUACUGUUGGCACUAAAGGAUAGACGAAGGACACAGUUUGUUACCUUUUCUUUUUCGUAUUAUUUUCAUCUCAAAGAUAGACAUUUCUUUUUCUAACUCAGUGAUUCAAAUUGACUUCAGGAAUUGAAGAAUAGACAUAUUAAAAAGUGAAAUUAAGAAAUAGUUCUCUAAUUUCCAGUGCUUCUCAGGGACCAUUUAAAAAUAAAAAUUAACAAAAAGAAAAUUAGCCAGUUAAAAAAAAUAAAAUAAAAUAAAUCCAUAACUAACGAAUAACAACCUUAAACCUCACACCCCACCCAAAAAUGAAAAGUCUUGCAGGCAUCUCAUAGGUGCACCUGCGCACUCAUUUGGGAGGUAGCUAAAUCUGUCAAUUAAUGUAUACAUUACCAGUGUUUCAUUUAAAUGCAUAUGAAUCAUCAUGAUUUGUGCAUGGCAAGAUGACUUUAAGUACUAAAGUCUAUAAAGGAUUUUAAUGGCCUGGUUACCUGCCAGUGGAAUUCAGAUUCUGUUUAAACCUGUUUCUGGGUGUAUAUUUGGCCCUCCAGUCUGCGAAAAUAUACAAAAAUGCAUAAAAUGAAGCAUUCCAUGCUUACUAGAUAAUGCUAACACAUAGUAGCUCUAUUAUUACUCCUGCAUUUCACAGAUGUUACUUAAUAAGUGCAAUGUUCUCUGCUCUAUCCAGUAGUCAGACUCCUUAUUUGUUUAAGAUGCAUCAAUUAGCUCUCACACCUGAUCAAAAAUAUCUUAAAUUCAAGACGAUUCAAAAACUACACUGAUAUUUCUUUUUUAAUGGCCAGGUCUGAUUGUUAUUACAUAUAAAUUGCAUAUAAAUAAAGUGUAUGUACCCCAAUGUAAACCAGAAAAAUGAAAAACAAGUUAUGGAAGGAUGGAGUAAAAAAAGUAGAAGGUUUGGAGAGAAGGGUGAUGUGGAACUAGAAUUAAAAACCUUACUAGGGUCCCUUGGUGGCUUUAAGUGACCAUGUGUAUGCCAUGAUUGGGCAGGGAUGUUUGCCCCAACCUCCAGCUGUUUGGGCAUCUGUAAUACUACAGUGAAAACUGGCUACGCACUGCUUUAUGUGCACUUAAUGAUCGGAAAGGAUUUUUACUUAGAAUUAGUAAGAUGGAAUUAGAAUUUAGAGUAAUCUUAGAGUUCUUCUCAUCAUUCUUAUUUUGAACUGUACAUAAAAUCUUCAGUGUUUGUUUAUUUUGAAUUACACCCAAGCCCUUUGAGGUAUAAUUCUGGUGUUUUUCUAUCCCUCUAAAAAUAAGUUCAAAGUGAAUUUUGAAUUUAAGGCCAAAAUAGCCAAACUGUAAUAAUUCUCUAAAUCGGCUAUGCUUUCAGUUUGAUUACUCUUACCUUAAAUUUGAAAUUCUCUUGCAAUUCACUUUGAAUUCUCACUUUAGUGAAUACCUGUGUUAACGAAAGACACCUGUGAUAGGUGCUUAGAGGGGGAAAGGACCACAAUAAUUUUAUUUUUGCUGUACUGUCCGUUUCGCUUUUGCAGGUUAUUGCAUGAUUAUGUUGGUUAAUGUAUAGUGGCCCAUUUUCUGUAAAACUUGUUAAAAAGCCAAUAUUUUAUCAUUAAACCCUUCAAAAUCAUUCCCACUCAGGCUCUGCUUGAAAAGUGCUUGGGUUUCGGUCUAUUUUAGCAUACAUAUUUCUCAACAUUCAUUUUCCCCCUUUCAUAUAAGUAUGUAACAAUUCUAAAUAUCUGAUUUUAUUCUUCUUGAUAUUUCAUUUUGUUUUCAUCUGUGGCUUAUUUAAUAAACACUAAAUUGUAGUUGAAAACUGAAUUCUAAAUAACAGCCUAAAAUAUCCAAUUUCUGGCUAUAGCAGAAUUGAAGAAUUUUUCCCAAAAACUAACUUUUGGACGUUUUGCAAUUCUGUAUUCACUAGUAAAUGGUGUUAAAUAAACUCUACCGGUGAGUUGUAUAUUAUGGUUUAUGGAGGGAAUCAAUAAGGACCUUUCACAUUUUGCAACUUUAUUUCUACGUUCUAAAAUAUUAGAGGCUUGAGCCCAGCCAGAGCCGGCCCAAGAUAUUGUGCUGCCUGGGGUGAAGGAAGAAAUGCUGUCCCCACCCCCCUUCAACCUUGCACACAUCCAGGAGAUGCAGUGUGUGUGUAAUGUAUGCAGUGUGUAUAGUGAAUGCCUUGUAUGCAGUGUGUAUAGUGGAUGCAGAGUGUGUGUAGUGGAUGCUGUGUGUUGAUGCAGUGCAGUGUCUUUGUAGGGGAUGUUGUGUAGUGGGUGCAGUGUCUGUGUAGUUGAUGCAGUGUAGUGUGUGCAAUGUAUGUCUGUGUGUAGUGGGUGCAGUGUCUGUGUGUAAUGGGGCUGCAAAGGGUGAGUUGUUGUUUUGGUGUUGUUUUUUUUUUUUUUUUAAAGUAUGAUUUAGUGAAUUUCGCUCUCCCUGCUGUGUCCUGUGGAGAGGGGGCCCAGUGAUCUGUUUUUCCUAGAUAGCGGGGGCCCAGAAUUGCAUAUAUACAUAUAGCGAUAUAUAUAUGCAUAAGCGGCCCAGGCCACACAGCAGGCACUUUACAGUGUACAGGGGCGGCCAAAUUCCACCCCUGUAAAAGUGCCGCCUGGAGCCGUCGCGCCACUAAUGCCAAUAGACAGGCCAUCCCUGAGCCCAGCAAAAAACAUGACUCUUUUUGUCUAUGUGAGUUUCAAAUGACUACAAUUCACUGUUUUGAGUCAUGUCAUGAUGAGCAAUUUAAAAUAAACAUAUACAUUUUACAGGAAAUAUGGAAACCGAGAUUUUAGGUUCUAUCCAAUAAAAAAAUGAUUGUGAUGAAACAAACAGAAUUGCAAAAUUCGAAGAUAGUGACUGUAGAUGUGCUCAGUAAAAUUUCCAAACUGGCUAUUUAGGGCUGGAGUUUGCUAUUUGGUUUUCAGUUUACUGAAAUCUGCGAUUUAGUGAAUAAAUCUUUUUUGUUUUUGUUUUUUUUGUUUUUUGCUGUAUCCAUCUUUUUUUACAGGUCCAAUUUAAUUGUCAUUAAUGUAUAUCCAUUUGAACAUUUCUGGGGUAAGAUGGAUGUUUAUGUGAAUGGUGAAGGGUUUGAGCUGUUUACAGUCAUAACUGGUUCUGAAUUCCUGUGUUUUAUCAUGUUUCAGCAUGUUUAAUGAGGAUUUUUACAAAAAAUUUUAAAAAGAUAUAUGUAAAAAAAAUGUGAAAAUAAAACCUUUUUCUCUUUUGA